CGGAAGCGUGAGGGCUGGUGGGGAGGUCGUUCUAAGAAGUAAUCGCGUUUUCGGGAAGGGUACGGAGUAGAUAAUCUAUAUCGACGUCAAAAGUUUGAGACUUUGGCGAACCGGAUAAGAAUAAGAGCGAACACUAGGAAAAUGUCUUCUACAACGAGGGGGGAUGCGAAGACGCUGCCGUUCAGAUAUCAAUUCGUUGCAGGUGCUGUGGCUGGGAUAUCAGAGAUUCUGGUAAUGUAUCCCCUCGAUGUAGUAAAGACUCGGAUUCAGCUUCAACACGGGACUACUACCGGUGCCAACAGCGGGACGGGGAACUAUACUGGUGUGAUUGAUUGUUUUAGAAAGAUCAUCAAGAGCGAGGGACUGUCGCGGUUGUAUCGUGGGAUUACGGCUCCGAUUCUGAUGGAAGUGCCAAAACGUGCUAUUAAGUUCUCGUCGAACGAUACAUUUGGAACAAUAUAUCAGAAAGCGUUUCAUGCCUCAACGCUCACACAACCUCUGGCAAUACUGACAGGCGCGAGCGCAGGGGCUACGGAAUCACUGGUGGUGGUUCCCUUCGAAUUGCUAAAGAUUCGCCUGCAAGAUAAGAGCUCUGCGUCCCGGUACACUGGACUGCUAGACUGUUUAGCCAAGGUCGUACGACAAGAAGGUCCAAUGGCACUGUACAACGGCUUCGAAGCUACACUGUGGCGUCAUAUUGUUUGGAACGCUGGCUAUUUUGGAUGCAUCUUCCAAGUGCGAAGCCAGUUACCCAAGCCAGAGCAGAGCCACAAUCCUAAAAUGCAGAAGACGGUCAAUGAUUUGGCGGCAGGGUUCGUAGGGGGUGUAGUGGGUACAACGUUGAACACGCCUUUAGACGUGGUAAAGAGUCGGAUUCAGAGUGUUGCAAAGGUUGAGGGCGUAAGGGCCAAAUACGAAUGGGCAUGGCUGAGUUUGGGGAUUGUGGCUAGGGAGGAGGGGUUCAGGGCGUUAUACAAGGGGUAUGUGGCGAAGAUACUAAGAUUUGGCCCAGGAGGAGGUGUGCUACUGGUCGUGUAUUCGGCUGUUUCGGAGAUGUUGGGGAAGGUGGUGUAGCAAACAUGACCAUGUUGGGGAAUAAUAAGCAUAUGCAAGGAUGCAGGCUGAUAUGGAGAUGGAAAUUCUGGAAGCGGACAACCUCUGUCAGAUGGUUUCUCGCCAGCCAAUACUCUGGCCUGGUUGAGGCCUCAAUCUUGGAUUCGAAUGCGAGAUCAGCUGCAGAUAUCCGGAUGAUUGUUUCGAGAUAUUAACGGUUAUCGGAGCAGAAGAUCGUAGACCGAAGUAUAUCCUAUACUCCGAGGUUAUAUAGCUGAAUUCGA